AGUGAACAACUGGAGUACAUUUGCAAAACUUGUUCCUGCUUGACCAUGCCAAGAUCAUCCAAACAAGGAAAUGAUGUUGCUGUUCAAGGCACCAAUGACAGUAGCAUUGUCAGCAAAUGUUCCACGGCAGCCCAGGGUUACUUUGACGACAACUUCCUGCGAUUGUUUGUCUCCAAGACGUCCCGCCGUGCACCACUCAUCAACAGAGGCUACUACAUCAGGGCGCAGGUGCUCAACGAUGUCUUCAAACAGUUCCUGUCCGCUCAUCAUGGGAAGAAGCAGAUCAUAUCCCUAGGUGCUGGUUUUGACUCGGCCUUUUUCAGGCUGCGUGCCAGCGGACUUCUCAUCAAUGCAACAUUUUUUGAAGUUGACUUUCCUGAUGUCGUCCGACGCAAGGCAACCAUUAUCAAGACCACCACCGAGCUCAGACAGCAGCUCGGUGAAGAAAUGUCCAGUGCACAGGAAACUCAGGGAGGAAUCUUCCUGACAUCCCACGGCUACCAUCUACUGGGCGUGGAUCUUGCUGACCUCCCUCACCUACAAAGCUGUCUCAAACAGACGGGCAUCGACUACCAACUACCCACUCUGCUGCUUUCAGAGUGCGUGUUAACUUACAUGGAAGUCAGAAGCUCUGAUGCUGUCAUCCAGUGGGCCGCCUCGUCUUUCUCCAACGCUGUUUUCCUGACAUACGAGCAAAUACACCCCAGUGACGCCUUUGGCAUGGUCAUGCGGAGGCAUUUUGAGAAGUUGAAUUCUCCCUUGAAGGCCAUCCAGAGGUACCCCACCCUAGAAGCACAGCAGCAACGAUUCCUUUCACUGGGAUGGCAGGGCACCGGUGCAGUAGACAUGAAUACAUACUACUCUGCCAGGUUACCACUGAAGGAGAGACUGCGAGUGGAAUCUUUGGAACCCUUUGAUGAAUUUGAGGAAUGGCAUUUGAAGUGCAGUCACUAUGCCGUCAUAGCAGGGUGCAGUGGGACUUGCAGUCACCUGGUAGAAUUCCUGUCGGAAGGAAACAAACAAAACUCACCACGUCACCAACGUUACACCACCGAGUGCACCCCAGGACACUCAUCUCCUCUUACUACUUGCCUCAUCGCUGUGACUUCACCUAGACCUCUGAGACGCUUCGGUCACGCCAGCAGUUUACUGUCUCCCCAGUUAGCCAUGGUGGUUGGAGGAUUCGGGGAAUCAGGAAGCAGGCACACCAGGCUUGGUGAUGUGGUGAUGGUGGACUUGAGAACAGGAAGAUGGAAAGUGGCUCGGGGAAGAAAUGGCGACAAGGAACUGGAACCCGUAAUGCAUCACACUUUGACUGCCAUCCCCGGGGGCAACAGGUGGCUCCUCUUUGGUGGACGGAGCUCUCCAUCACGACCGUCCAAUUCCACCCUCAUUUUGACCUUGGACACAAAGCGUGCCACAGCUGCAGCACACAGCGACAGUGAAAUGGCCACCGUAUCUUCUAGCUUUUCCACAGAUGGAAACUUAAUAUUACCCUCAGCAGCUGUAGACACCAUACGAAAUGGUGUUUCCAGCCAAAGCAAUUCAAGUGUGGGGACCGACGAAAUCGAUAACAGUGAAUCAAGUCAAGUGUGGCUGAAAGAUAGUAGAGCCAUAGAUUGCCAACUUUUCAGCGGGUGCUCUCAGGGAAUAUCGCCGUUGGAUGAAAUUGAUUCAGCUUGCAACCAGGAAGAGGUAACCUCAGAAAGGAAAUUUCCCGACUGGAGAAAUACAGAAUUUGAGAUGACCAGCUACAACUGUCAGUAUAUUGAAACACAAAACUCUGAUGGCCCGGUGCCAAGAUGGAGACAUUCAGCAGUGUAUGCUACUGUUAGGGGCAAGGAGUGUGUAGUGGUCUAUGGAGGCAGGGGUGCAGACGAUGCAGUGCUCGGUGACUGCUGGGCAUUUGAUGUCAGGAAACUAGACUGGGAAAGGUUGGAGUUCCCUGGUGACCAACCACCUGCUUCCCACUCGCAUUCCGCCUGUGCAUGGCAGAAUACCAGGAUGAUCAUCGCUGGCGGUCUGGGUCCUAACCUGCGACCUUUCACCUCUGUGCAUGUUGUUGAUCUGGAGAAACUGAGAUGCCAGGAAAUCAAACUUCAACCGACGUUACCACCAAGAUACUCACACACGGCACAUGUGGUAGGCAGCAGUCUCCUUCUUGUAGGCGGGGUCAACCCCCUAGGUGGACAGGGUUAUACAAUCGCUGUGGUUGAUUUGGAAUCUGCAACAUGGCGACUGCAUUCCUUACCAGCUUGUGUUGUAGAGCGUCCCCUCAUGGUUCACAGUCACACUAGUGAGUUGCUAACAGACACCAGGAUGGCUAUUCUGGGAGGAGGUGGAAACUGCUUCUCAUUUGGCACACACCUUAACGAUACUCCUGUAGAGAUCGGAGUGCCCCUUUAACAUCAAGAAGCUACCUCCCGCUGGGAUUAUCUCGAGGGGAGAACCCAUGUUACUCCAUGCAGCACUAAGCCUUGUCCUUGGCCUUGGCUUUGCUCCUAGCCUCUGCUCCAGCUUGGGCAUCAGUUUUGGUUGCAGAUAUUAACUACAGGCUGUCAGCGAAAAUCUUCCAAAUUCCUACUUCAUGCCAGACAGUCUGAUUUUCCUGAAGCAGGAAACAGAGAACUGCAGUUGAGCUCUAGGGUCUCAACUCAGGGGAGGGAAGUAAAUUCAUGAAACUGAAACCUAAACCUGAAGACAAGACUAAUGUUUGUGAGCUGACAGAGUUAAUGACACUGUUUAUGCUGAGUGUCUUUAAAGGGGCAAAUAGCAAACAGAAACUCUACUCUAAUGAGUAAGUUUGGUAUUUGGACAGUGCAUGCUCAAAAUUAAGGACAUCCAGGGGUGUACCCAGGAUUAUUGGAAGGGUCCGAAAUACAGUGGCUUGAUCCUUGGGGAGUCCCCAGACUAGUCCAGGGAAUGGUCCCAAGGGAAGUUUUUUAAAGGACAUCAAAUCAUGCAAUAUGUUGCAUUUCAAAUGCCCCAAAAGACAAAUCUUAGCAUCUGGGGAUCAUUUUCAAGCAAGGAUUUUCUUGUCUGAGGAUUGCUCCCCCUCCCCUGCACCCACCCUUGGCACCAUAGGUCAUUUGAGAACAUCAAUACACAUGUCACGGUGGUAGUACAGCAACUCACAUGCACAGAUUAUGUUCCAGCUGGUGUGAUGUCAGCUGUUUUUUUUCUCAAACGAUUGAAAUACCGAAGUGGCUCAUUUUAAGAGAAAUCUUAGAGAAGUCCAGGUUAUGUCAAGACAGCCUGUUCAGCUCAAGGGGGCUGGUAGUGUGUUGGUGGAAAGAAUCACUUGGGUGCAGUCUGUGUGUAAAAGUCAGGGAUACACAAGUUUAGUCUGGAUUUCCUUCUUCACUUAAGGGGGCAGACAGCAACCUGCAUUCCUACCUCCGAUGAUGGAAGGCAAUAUAGGAGUAAAAAGUCUCAUAAUUUUACUCAGACUGGGUGUUCUUUUAACCGCAUGCUUCAUUUUUGUACAAACUCAUUUCACUUUGUGGUCCUUGUCUCUUCAAGUUAAAAAUUGUACUUGAUGGGAGCUUCACCUGUAACGCAUUAAAUUUUCUUACUGUGACCUUUACUGUGUUCCUUUAACAAGGUUGAAAAGGUUCUACAUUUACCCAUUAUCACCAGACUAAAGUGAAGUUCCCACAGAUUCAAUUUCUAAAAAGCCAACAAACAUUUCAGUAUUUUGUGAAGUGAAAACGUUUUUUAUCCAGAAAUCAAAUCAGCUAACGCACCAGAUUCCCACUUCACAACAAAAUGUAAAUCAGUCAUCUGGAGACAUGGGCAUCUGUUGGUGGGCUAUGGUAGGGAGACAUGUCGGCUCUGUUUCAAGCGCUAUCUUGAUUUGACCACAGAAGCCCUCAUCCCAGGUGUGUUGGCCUUGCCAACCUAUAUAUCCUACACCAAACACUUCUGCAAAGCACUCGAUGCCCGUGUCUAGAGAUACUGUGAAAGCAUUCCCAAAUACAUUUACAACUAAAUACAUAGAGUUGUGACAUCAUAACUAUUAGCCAGUAAUUCCAAAUGCAGUUAUAUCUGUCAAGUAAUAUGUGCUCUGUUUAAUUUGGCUAAUUUGCGCUGUGUAUACAGAAAUUUAAAAUGUGAUAGAUGCCAUGUGAAACCUCACCCAUAACAUUAUAAUUAGCGUAUAAAACCUUCAACUUUCUUAAUCAUUGGUAAAAACACAGGACCUUUGAUGUUGAUAAACAAUUUGCCACUCAUGGUUUAAGUAGAUUAGAACACCUGUGUCAAGUUGCAUCUGCUUCUAUUUGACAGAUGUGUGCUGUACAUACCUAUGUUCUAUAACGCACUUUAUUUUACAUUUGAAGCAAGAUGUGGGACGGAGAGAAACCUCCCCCCCCCGCCUUCGUGUUGGUCAUUGUUUGA